GCGUGGGGCGGACAGCACUCGGAGAAGGGGUGCUGCUCGCUGAACCGCUGUCAGCCCAACAGUUUGCUAUCACCCUUACCUGUGGGCCUGAUGUAGCAGGUUGUCAUCUCCCCUGCGAUGAAGGAAAUCUGCUCCAGUGACAUGGACUGAAGGUAAUCCACAGGAGUGAGUCACACGAGGCUGACAGUUGGGCUGAUGACCAGCAUGGCUGAAUGAAAGAUGAAUGCGCCCUCUUUGGAUUCAUCCCUCUGACCGCCACUGAGCUGAUCCAACCCUCCAUCAGACAGUCCCAUCUCCACUUAGACUGUUCUCUACUGUACUCUGUUGUUUUCUAGUCUUCUGUUCUUCAGCCAUUGUCCUGUUCUGACCCUCUGCAUGUAGAGAGGGAAGUGUUAGCAGGCUGUUUCAUAGGACAGUUUCUCCUUGCUAUUCAUGAGAGGUCAGCAGGGCUUUAUGCAGCAGGGGGAUGAUUGUCAGAGGGAGCCAGAGGGGGUGGCCCCCACUUCAGGUCCUGGAGCUAGAAGAGAGGCAACAGGGUCACAAGGCCCAGGGCUGAAGAGGGCCUCAUCCCAGUCAGAGCAUCCCUCCUUCAGUAAGAUGAGCCAAAACGCCAGGGAGAGCAUGGGGGUUCUUGGCCAGGGACUGAAACAGCUGUUCCAGCAGCAGCGUAAACGUCUCUCCCUCUCUCGCUCCACCAUCCCCUCCUCGUCUUCCUCCUCCUCCUCCUCUGUAGUGUCAGCAGGUGGCGCCUCCCCCUCUGUCCCCGAGGACGCCGCGGGGCCCUGCUGUGCUGAAUCUGACCACCUCUCUGCUCCUGUGGUUCCCUCUGCAGCUGGGCAGGGCUCAGCCGCUGCUGGCAUGAUGAGGCGUGGGACGAGCCUCCAGAGCCGGCGCAGUAAGGGAUCUGGGUCGGGAUCUGGGAGCGGAGAUCGGGAUCCUCUCCUGAGAGGUAGCCCCCAGGCCCCGCACCGCCGCAACACCCACGAUCCACAGCAGCAUACCAGCCGUCCACGCUCCUCCUCCACCACUGACACCACGCCCAGCAGCCCCACCCCUGGAUACACUGGCGGCGAUGUGGUGCUGUCAUCAGGGUACCAGUCCACAGAGGAGACGGAUAGGAUCGACCGGCUGGAGGUGAGCGGGCUGGGCCAAACGCCCUUGGCUGUUUCGUGUGGGGCGGACACUUCAUUCCCAGGAGUCGAGGAUGGUACCCCAGACCCUCAGCGCACUAAGCAGGCAAUCGCCCAGCUGCAGCAGAAAAUCCUCAAGCUCACAGAGCAGAUUAAGAUCGAGCAGACAGCCAGGGAUGACAAUGUUGCUGAGUACCUCAAACUGGCCAACAAUGCUGACAAACAGCAAAGCACACGCAUCAAACAGGUUUUUGAGAAGAAGAACCAGAAGUCGGCACAGACCAUCCAGCAGCUGCAAAGGAAACUGGAGCACUACCAUCGGAAGUUGCGGGAAGUAGAGCACAAUGGUAUCCCGCGCCAGCCCAAGGAUGUUCUGCGGGACAUGCAGCAGGGCCUGAAGGAUGUCGGAGCCAAAGUCACAGGCUUCAGUGAAGGCGUGGUGGACAGCGUAAAGGGAGGCCUCUCCAGCUUCUCCCAGGCCACCCACUCUGCCGCCGGGGCCGUCGUCUCCAAACCCCGAGAGAUUGCCUCGCUGAUUCGCAACAAGUUUGGCAGCGCUGACAACAUCCCCUCACUGAAAGACUCUCUGGAUGAGCCAUCAGUGGAAGAAGGUGUGACCGGGGCUGGCGGACGUUCGCUGGGCAGUGCUGGGCAUCACCUCCAGCCCAGUCCCAAGUACGGCAGCGAGGAUGACUGCUCCAGUGCUACCUCAGGCUCAGCGGGGGCCAACAGCACCACAGGGGCUCCCGGAGGUCCCCCGAGUUCCAAGGGUAACACACUGGAAAGGAGCCAGAGCUCCAGCCUGGACAUGCUGCUGCAGGAGGUGCAGGAGCUGAGGGAGGGCCAGGCAAGGCUAGAGGAGAACCUUGAUGGUUUGAAGAGCCACUAUCAGAGAGACUACACAGUUGUCAUGCAAGCACUGCAGGAGGAACGCUUCAGGUGUGAGCGUCUGGAGGAGCAGCUGAACGACCUGACGGAACUUCACCAGAAUGAGAUCCUCAACCUCAAACAGGAGCUGGCCAGCAUGGAGGAGAAGAUCGCCUACCAGUCGUAUGAACGAGCCAGAGACAUACAGGAGGCGCUGGAGGCGUGUCAGACCAGGAUCUCUAAGAUGGAGCUCCAGCAGCAGCAACAGCAGGUCGUACAGUUGGAGGGGCUGGAAAAUGCCACAGCCCGGACCCUCCUGGGAAAACUUAUCAAUGUGCUGCUGGCCCUUAUGGCUGUCCUUCUGGUCUUUGUCUCAACUGUGGCCAACUGUGUGGUCCCCCUGAUGAAGACACGCUCGCGCUCGCUCUCCACCCUCCUCCUCAUCCUCCUGCUGGCCUUCUUGUGGAGAAACUGGGACGCUCUCUCCGGGUACACACACCGCGCUCUGCAGCCACCAGGAUGACCAGGUUGAAGCCGACACUUGUUGCUUUGUUGACAUCAGGAGAUUAAACUGUAGCUGCGGUCAUGCAGGAGGUUUGAAGAACCUGACUGCCGUCAGGACGGCUGCCUGGCCGGGCGGUGAAAAUUCGGCUGAGCGCAUUCGGACACGGCCUGGAAUCUUGAAAAUGAGGAAGAAACGGAGUUAAGUUGAGAACACUCACGAUUGUCAUUUAGGAAGGAUGAGACUGUUUACAUUUUUGAAAAUGAACUGUUGUGUUGAUGUCCCUCACAGAAUGCAACAUCGUACUGUUUUUAUCUUUAGAGUUUAAUCAAUUAUAAUGUAUUAUUUCUAAUAAUAUUAUUUUUAUUUUCAACGUUAUUUUAUUCAGUACCAUGUAGCACGAUGCUCCUCGCUCUACAUGAAGGGGAGUUUAGUCAGGAAACUGGGUUGGCGAUUUGCCCGAAAGGCCCAGUCUAAUUGUAGAGACAUGCAAAUGUGAUCAUUAGGAAGAGAACUCUUACCUAGCUGUGAUUGGUAGAUUUGAACCAUGGCUGAAAACCUUCCCAGGAGUUGCUCUUUUUUUGCUGUGAUGAAAUUUGUUCAGACAGAACAUUUUGAAGGACUGAACAUGGCCUUUGAGUGUAAUGAUGACUAGAGACUUUCUGUGCUUCCUUACCAUUUCUAAUAGAGAAGAUCACACGCUUUGACUUAUUUCCUUUGUUUAAGUAAAACAAGAAAAACUGUGUUCAGUAGGGGAGAUUAUGAACGAAUCAUGAAGACAGAAUGGGCCAGUUGUAGACGGAAAUACUGCUCCGUAGAAACAGCACAUACACAUGCAGAGAACAUCUGGCUAUUGUUACGAAUCUGCCAUAUGUGCAACAUGUAAACAAUGCCGCGGGUUUCAUUAAGAGAAAUUACAUAGGAACCGACUUCGCUUUUAAAAGCAAUGACAAAAGCCCGUUGUCCAAGUAAAAUGAAUUUGCCGGGAUAAUUGCGCCCCCCCCUCCACCAUAUUUGAUGUGAUCAGGUUAGGAAAGAGAGAUCACUGGUGCUUAUCCGGCUCCAUCUCAGUUGGAACAGGAAUGCUGCUGCUUCAUAUCUACAGUGCAAGUCGUCUCCACUGCCAUGCCAUUCAAAUGCACACUGCCUGUAUGUGAUACUGUACUAUUUAUCAGACUUUCUCCCAGCGUGUUCUCUCUGUAGCUGUCCUCCUUUUUCUACUAAGUACACUAUCUUAUGGUGUAAUCACCUAGUGCCAAACCUUAGUCUGCCCGGGGAUGCCUGAGCACCCAAAGGGUCAAAGCUGAGAUGAAAGAAAUGGGAGCAAGUCUAGCUUCGUUUCGCACAUGUGAUGAAUGUCUCGCACGGAUGUCCAAGGAUGUAUCUUUUUGGGAGACUUAACUUUUGCAGUGGAAAAUUUAUUAGAGAAUUCACAUGAACUUGAAUCUGGAUCUUUAGUCCCUGCCACCUUGUGUACAAUUCCACGGCUCGGCGUCCAGGCUUUCUUAAAAUUCUCUCUCUUUCUCAUCUAGUCCAUGACGCAACAAGAUGACCUAGAACAUGAUCAGCUCAGAUGCUGAUUUCCUAACAGACAGUGAGAUCAUUUGAACUGUACAUCUGCACUUUAGCACAGGGGUAGAUAACAUAAAGGUCGGGCUGAGGCUUGAGAAACCUUUGAUAGUGACUUCAAAGGUUGUCCCACUUAAGACAGUAGUCUUCAGUGGGAUAAGAAGAGUUGUCAGGUCAGGAUCACUGUCAUCCUCGUCUAUAGAGCAAACCCCACAAAGGCGAAUUAAGUUGAUUUCUUGUCAAAAUGUUGAUAAUCUUGAUUCCUCUCAAACCGAGCAUGCAUUUAAAGCGGCAGUAAGUAGAUUUAGUGAUCUAUUUCAGUUUUGCCAUCACGGGUGCAGCAGACAGGUUGAGAGUGAGCUGACCUUUGACCUCAGCUUGACCUCGCAGUAACACCAGUGAUGUAGGGUUGUGUGCUAAACCACUCCAGUGCCUUCUGAUGUCCUUUUCUAUGUGUGGAAUAAAUAAAGUGCAUUCCUGACUUA